AUGGCGUCUCAUACGUUGGAUACGGCGCUACGUGCAGAGAAGGCGCCCGCCCCGCGAUCCACGACCGGGGACAAGCCAUAUGAAGAGUACGACUCGACUGUCAACGAGAUGGACGUGGCGCCUGUCUUGGCAAGUGUCCCGCCGACUACAGGUACCGCAUCGGUCGAUCUCCCACUUCGCAACAUCGCAAAGCCGCAUACGGCGACCCGACCUCACAUCAAGCAAGAGCAUGAAGAGGUGUUCCAGCUACUACAAGAGGCUGCGACGGAGAGGAAAGGGGCAGAGAAACAGGCGUUGCUGCUUACGACGGUAGAGCAGCUGCGUGCGGUGAUUGCGGAAAAGGAUGCAAAGCUGGCAGAGCAGAGCAAAGAGCUUGAAGAGUUGAACCCCUUGAUCCGUGAAUUGGAGGACGCGAUAGAGCUCGCAAGAUCAACUCUGGAAAACGUACUGAACAAGCACGCGAGGCGUUGA